AUGUUAGGAAAAAAAUUAUUUGCAUUUAUUUGUUUAUUAAUUAUUCAAUUAUUUGUUUCAAUUGUUUAUAAAUAUUCUCAAACAAAAGGCAAAUAUGAAUAUUCUCCAUUAGCUAUAAUAACAUGUGCUGAAGCAAUUAAAUUUUUAAUAAGUUCAUCAUUAUAUUCAUUAAAUUAUUUGAAAAUAAAAAAUGAAAAUGAAAAUAAUUUUUUGAAAUUAAUUCAAAAUGAAUUAAGUAAAAAAUUUUUAUUAAAUACAUUUGGUUUAGCAUUUCUUUAUUGUUUAAAUAAUCAAAUAGCAUUUAUACUUUUUUUACGUGUUGAUCCAGCUUCAAUAAUAUUAUUUCGUUCAUUAUCAUCAUUAGAAUCAGCAAUAUUAUUAUGGGCAUUUGCUAAUCGUCAUAUUAAUCAAAUACAAUGGGGAUCAAUUUGUUUACAAGUUAUUGGUUUAAUUAUUGUUCAAUAUGAUGCUUGUAAAAGUACAACAUUAUUUGAAGGAAAAUAUUAUUUCCUUUUAACAAUAACAAGUUUAAUAACAGCAAUUUGUUCGGUUUUAAAUGAACAUUUAGUUAAAACAUAUAAUAUUAAUUUAAAUUUACAAAAUACAAUACUUUAUAUAUUUGGUUUUAUUCUUAAUUUAUUUAUAUUUAUUUUCUUUUCAAAUAUAAUUAAUGAAAAUCAAGAAAAGAAAAGAUUUUUUCAAGGUUAUUCAUGGAUUGUUGUUUCAAUAAUUUUAUCUAAUUCAUUAUUGGGUAUAUCAAUAACAUUUGUUUAUAAAUAUGCCGAUGCAAUUGUUAAAACAUUUAGUACAGCAUGUGCAGCAGGUGUUCUUCUUAUUUUUAAUAUAACACUUUUUCAUCUUCAUACAAAUGCAAUAUCAUUUCUAGGUGCAACUGUUAUUUUUAUUGCAUCAUAUAUUUAUUUUGUAGCUACAUCAUCAUCAUCACCAAUAACAACAUCAACAACAACAACAAAUCAAUCAACAUUAUUAUCGAUAGAAUCUCAAGAUAAUUCAAAUAAUAUUAAAUAUAAUUCUAAAAUUCUUAUUAAAGAUCUUGUUUAUUUUAUGUUUAUAUUUAUACCAAUUAUAUCUUUUAUUUAUAUUUUUGUUAAAAAUACAAAAUAUACAUUGUAA